UGAGAGUAAGCGCGGACGACGAGUGGGGUAACAUUGCCCAACACAAGAUCCAUUUUCAAAUAUAGCAACUAUACCACAAGCUGCACGCAGCUUCCAGGCGUGCAAACCGAAACUAAAGUGUGACCGAAAAGUGCUCCAAGCAACAAAAUCCAUAACGACAUACACAAUUACUGCGUGAUUGCGUUCUUGGUCAAUGCUGUGACCGUUGUUCCUAUUGUGCACGAUCCCCACUUCCCGUGCUGUGUGCAUUGUAAUCGCUCUGCAAACAUACCAUCCCACCAAGAGCGCAACUACCGCUGCCUUCACCUAACACCAAUAACAAAAACAAUACCUACCAUACACUCAAUCGCCACCCACACACAUUAACGCCCAGAUCAGAUAUUCGUUGAAUUUGUUGUUGUGGUAUCGUAAAAUUAGUCGUUAUUCCGCCUUUGUCAUCGUAUUCGUUGUUGUCUUUUUAGCGCCGUCACUAUCGCUGUCGUUUCCGAACUUGACUAAGUUGUUGUUAGUAUUCGAUUAAUUUUCGGCAGUUUUUUAUGCCAGCUUUCGCAGCUACUGCCGGCGUUGACAGAGGCAGAGUUUAUUGUUUUUUUUUUGCCUUAUUUGACACUACGGCCAGCUACGGCGUUAAAACCAAAAAUAAAACAAAUGAAUUGAAGCAAAGCAAUAAAAGUCAGUCAGUGAAAAAAGUGAUUACGCAUAUGUAUGUAUAGAGUCCGUGCAUGAUAAAAGAAGUCGAAAAUAAAUAUUACCGAUAAAUCCGUGAUAAAUGGCAAAACCAUGAGUUAAAUAUCCAUUGUAUAUUUAGUGAAUAAUGGAAAAAAGCAACUCGGCUGCACUUUGAGUCACUUGUGUCUUUUAUAGCCUCGCCUCCCGCGUACACUUCUAUGAUUGCUCACCUUAACAGCUGCACAAUCGACGAACAAAAAAAAAACAAAAACAAUAUCACCUCCAGCAGACACAACACGGCAAGCUGUCGUACACCAGCGAUAACAAUUAAUUGAUUAAAAAUAUAGUGUUUGUACUUUGUAGCGUGGGCAUAGGAAGGCACGUUCACAACAAUUAUACAUGCCAGGUACAUAUGCAAUGGUUAAAGCCGCCACACCGUCGCCAUAUUCCCCAAAUAUGGAGCACAAUGCGUGGAUCCUCAAUUACUAAAGACUGCUAAAGUAACCGGCAUAGAAACGACGUUUUGCCAGCGAAACAGUAAACUUGUGAAGUGUAAAAAGUGAAGCUAAAAUCUGUAAAAAAAAUUUAAAAUUUAGUGUUUAGCUGCUGUGCAAAGCGUCUGCCGUAGUGAACGCUAACGCCAUCUUUCAACUCUGCACAUGCAAUAAGCUCCUACGAUUGAAAGUGAAAAAUUCUUAAUUUUAAUGCUACAUGAAAAGCGGAAGCAGUAACUCUUUCUAGAAAAGGUGUGAACUCCACAGAUAAAGCUCAAAAAUGGUGAUAAGCAAUCCAGAUGCUGUGGCCGCCACCACUAACAAUGCUGGUGGCGAUGCGGUUAGCAUGGCGCAUCCAUCGGGUAUUCCACGGGAUAGAAUAGAUAAUAUAAUGAGCGGGAUAGCGAAUACGGGUGAUGUGAAAAUGAAUAACCAUCGAAAGAAGUUGCGUCAAAGAUUUGAUAUUAUUAAAAAGUUAGGUCAGGGCACAUACGGUAAAGUGCAAUUAGGUAUAAAUAAGGAAACCGGCCAGGAGGUGGCUAUAAAAACCAUAAAAAAGUGCAAAAUAGAAGCUGAGGCGGACUUGGUGCGCAUACGGCGUGAAGUGCAAAUUAUGAGCUCGGUGCAGCAUCCCAAUAUUAUACACAUUUAUGAAGUUUUCGAGAAUCGUGAAAAGAUGGUGCUAGUCAUGGAAUUUGCCGCAGGCGGUGAACUGUAUGAUUACCUCUCGGAACGUAAGGUGCUUAGCGAAGAGGAGGCGCGUCGCAUAUUCCGGCAAGUCGCCACUGCUGUCUACUAUUGUCACAAGCACAAAAUUUGUCAUCGUGAUUUGAAAUUGGAGAAUAUACUACUCGAUGAGCAUGGCAAUGCGAAGAUCGCCGAUUUUGGACUGUCGAAUGUUUUCGACGAACAAAAUCUACUCGCCACAUUUUGCGGUUCACCGCUUUACGCUUCCCCCGAAAUUGUUGAAGGUACUCCCUACCAAGGCCCAGAAGUCGACUGCUGGUCCCUUGGCGUACUCCUCUACACUCUAGUCUAUGGGUCAAUGCCAUUUGAUGGCUCCAAUUUUAAAAGACUUGUUAAGCAAAUCAGUCAAGGUGACUACUAUGAGCCAAAGAAACCAUCGCGUGCCUCAUCGCUCAUACGUGACAUGUUGACGGUGAGUCCACGAAAACGUGCCACCAUCGAACAGAUUUGCGCUCAUUGGUGGGUUAAUGAAAAUGAUAAUGUCUCAUGUUUGGAUUUGGCUGAGGAGCUGGCGACACAAACACCAGUACGUUUGGAUGUUUUGUUGUCAUUAACACCGGCCGCCGUGACGGCCGAUCAAUUGGUUGUGCCAUCCGCCGAUGCAGGCAAAGGAGAACGUGUGCCAAGAAGUCAUUCGGUGGGAUCGAUACGUGAUAUGGGCGGUAAUACAGAAGCAGAACGAAGAAUAUUGGACAUGGUUGCUGCUGGCGGUGAAGCAGCGCUCAUGCCAUCACCUACGCGCACAAUCACACCAACACACAGCCCAGUGCAGAGUAAACGUAAGCUCGAAACCACCGUCUCUACGGAGAAUGCGCAUGGUGCUGCGCUGAAAAAGAAGGAUAAACUGGGCAGCAGUUCAAUGAUACUCGAAGAGACAACAGUGCCAUUGACAGAGGAAACACCCAUGGAGACGGAGGAGGAAGAUGAGGCAGCACAGAACGCAUUUGUCGAAGAGCCCAUUACCCCAGCAUCGCUCAAAACUAUGCCAUCGGCCAGCUUCUCGCAAAGGGAUAUGGAAAUGGUUGGCGAUCUCUGCGAGCAGCUGAUCCAAGAGGAAUCCACACCCACUACACCUGCAGCAGCACAGUUAAAUGAACUCAGCACUCCGGUAACACCGACACAGGUUGGCGUACCGCGUCAAAAGACCAUUGGUAAGCUGGAAUCACUGGAAGAGACACCAGAAGAAAAAGAUGCUACAAAAGUUAUUAAGAAAUUCGUCAAUAAGCACAAAACGGCUGAUCUAGUAAAUGCCAUCGGCCAAAUUGCACCCUCAACUGAGAAAGCCGGCGAGCAAGCCGCAGUUGCGCCAACAAAAACCAGUAAUGCCAAAACCGCAAUCGCCAAACCAACAACUACUACAUCGAACAAUGCCACGCCCACGCCAUUCGUGCGCAAAUGCAGUCUUCAGGAUGAGGGUUCGUUGAGUAAAUUCAAUGCUGACCGUCGCAAAUCGCGCGUACUCGAAACCACCGAGAAGUUGCAGCAAAUGAACACCGGCGGCGGGGGCGGAGAAAAGCCGAAGAAGUUCAGCAUACCUGGUGUGAGUGUCGGCAGCUAUAAGAAAGAAUUCGAGCGCAAAGCCACCAAUCCGUCAGCGCCACAAGGCCCCACGCCAGGCGAAUUGCGUGCACUGGAGGAAGUUGCCGCCGCAGCGGCUGCAGCGCAAGAAUUGGAAACUGACGAUCAGACACCACAGACUACGCCCGCCAAUGCACCGCCACCGCCAUCGGAAACGGCAUCAAUCGAGGCGAGCGAUUCAAAGAAUUCUGUCGCUUCGUUGUCGCUUGACGAUGCGCGUCGCUCCAUGGAGAACUCCAUUGCGUUGUUGCGGCAAGCGCAAAGUGAAUCAUCGAAAGAGGUCGAUCAACUAUGUGCGCAAACUGAGAAUAUUGAAGUGAGUGAAACUGGUAAUCCAAUGGUGGCGGCCGAGCGCGAAAGGAAGCUGAAAAAUGCGCGCGCCAUAAUCGGAAAUGCCAUACAGCCAGUUAUACGCCGGCCACCAUCACAACCAUCUUUUGGCAUCGGCGGCGGGGGCUACGGUCAAAUGCGUGCAGCCAGUGGCGGUUUUAUUGGUUUUGGCAGCAGUGGCAGCGGCAGCAGCAUGAGCGCCGGCAUGGGUGGCGGCGGUGCCGUUGGCGUUGGCGUUGGCGGCGGCGGUGGCAUCGGUGGCGGCAACUUUGGCAGCAAUGCUCUACCGCCUCAAAUGUUGGCCUACAAUAUGAGCAAUUUACCUCAGACACCGCCGCCUCUGUUGACACCAAAUGCAAUUGCAAAAGCAAAAGCAAAGCCGAAUGCGAAUGCGAAUGGGAAUGUGAAUGCAAACGCUGCCCUCGCCGCUGCAAGGCAACACAUUAUGGGACGUUUGGCAGCUAAUGCUGGUGAUCAACAAAAUGAAUUCCAAUACAAAUCUGCGCCAAGUGGCUACUUCAUACAGUCACCACCACCCUCCUCCUGCAAUUCCUCUCCAUUGUAUAACCAGUAUAAUCCAAACAACAGCAACAACAACAACAACAAUGCUGUGAGCUUUCAAUACCAAUACAAACAAAAUCCACAACAACCUCAACCUCAUCAACAGCAGCAACAGCAACAACAAAAACCACAACCACAACAACAAAAACAACAACCACAUCAAUACCAACACACUAAUUUAUCGCCACAAGCAACUCAAAAUCAACUUUUGCAAUUCCAACAAAGACUACAACAAUUACAACAACAAAGACAGAGACAUCAUCAAUCGCUAAUAGAGCAGCAAGAAGAUAUAGAACUAGAACAACAACAAUACCAACAACACCAAAAACAAGCACUAUCACAACAACCAUUGCAUCAAUACCAAUCCAAACCAGCUCACAGCAUGUCAAUGCCACACACACUUGCCGCAUCUGCCACUGCCACUGCUGCCAACGUCAAAAAUACCGCCAUCUCCUCUACCGCCGCCACCGCGAAUAGUGUGCCAAAACCGUUUUAUAAUGCACCACCUCCUUCGAUAUUCUACAAAUCAUCACCAGGUGGCGAACCGAAUAAUACCGUUAAGACUUCCACGGCUACCAUAACACUAAAAUCAGCCACAUUGCCGCGCCGCAAGCCAACCGCCAAAACGGAAAUUCAAUUAGAAAUAAAACCACGUAUUGUCGAACAACCGAAUAUGCGUUUCACCACGGAAAUGCAACAUCCUGUCGCUGAUUUGCGUAGCGCGCCUGCACGUGAAGGCCCAGCUCCUUAUAGUCCCAUCAAGACGAUGUUGAAUGCACGCGCCACCAGCCUAGAGCCAAAGGAGCAUAUCAUACAAAUACAAAGGCCACAGGCGCCAUAUACGCGCACCACCUCAAAUACAACAACAAGAUCUGGUUCGCUGUCGCGACAAUCUACCAAUGACUCUGAAUCUGAUACAACAACAACUGCAAAUAUGUCACAAUCCACCGUAACGGGCUCAUCGCAGCCGAUUAAAAAGAGUCCACGCGAAUUCAUUAUACCAAUUGCGAUGGAGGGCGGUGGGUUUAUAACACCGCGUGAGGGUAGCAUUGAACCGUCGGAGUCUAGUCAUACCGCAUCGAGUAGAUCGGCAUUCAAUCGGCUGCGGCCAACUCGUCGCAUUGGCAGCUCACUAUUAAACGAUUCUGGCAUCGAUGAUAAUUCGCCAUUCCAGAAGUUCCGGACGUCGUCCGGCAAUAGGGAAGGCGAUGAAGAGCCGCGUUUCACGCUGCACAGGUUAAGAAGCUCAAGACCUGUGAAGAAACUGAGCCAGGAGAACGACUCACAAAGUUCCGGCGAAGAAGAUGACGACGACGGCUUUGAGAUAUUAACCGCUGAAAAUCUUUUCUCUACGUUAUUACAACGAGUGCACGCGCUAACACAUCGCAUGAAUGUUGACAAGGACUUAACCGCAGGAUUUCCGAACUCAAGUCGCCUUCUCAGCAAUAUGCGACAUGGUCCUUUCUGGAAUCAAGAACCCUUUGGCAGAUCUCAAGUGAGUUAUACUUACAGUGAAACAGUCGAGAAGAAACAAGUCCGCCUCAACAGCGCUUCCGGCAACAAUGUGGGUGCCCCAUGGCGUCGUAGUAUGUCACGUGAUUUGAGCAACGACAUGGACUCGAUAUUUUCACGCACUGGCGCCACACUGCCAAGAGGCACGAAGACUUCCACCAAAAUCGGCCGUCCUGCCACUAUUGCUGAGCCUAGUAGCGCAGUUGAUGGAUCUGUACCGCCAGCCCUAACCACCGACGAACCGCUCGAUUUGGCCGAUUUAGAUCUGUCACGUCUACGUUUGAGCAAGAAAGAUUUGGAAACCUUGUCCAGCAUCACACCCGGCCUGCCGAAAUGCUUCCAAGAGCAGCUACUCGCAAAACUACCACCAACACAGGCACGUAAAUUGUCGCGCACAUUGAGUAUGCAAAGUAGUACACAAACUGCACCCGUAAAAAUAUACAAGCGCAGUCAAAGUGGCGGUCGUGGAGUUUUGCACACUGCGGUUGGGCAGGAUCUGAAAGAAAAUUUUCCCGAGGAAACCGCCAGCAGCAGUACCGCGAGCAAACGCAGCACCGAUAGCAGUGAACGUCGACACUAUGAUCCUGUUUACCGGCGCAGUCUGAGUCGUUCGCGUUACGACUAUGAAUCGAGUAUUCCCUCACCGAGUGAUGCAAUGCCGAAGAGUCGCAGUAGUAGUGUUUGUCGUGACGACCACAGCAAAUCGAUGUGCUCCACUUAUACGACAGAUAUUAAUGAUCGCUACAAAUACUAUUCGCCGUAUCUUAGUAAACCAGUGAAGGAUUCAUCCACCGAAAGUGGCUCAGUGUCGCCGCAGAAACUUUACAGUGGCGGUAUUAGCGCACAACGCGAUGCGAUCGGUUCUGCGCAUGGGCGUCCACCAAGUGGUUGUUUAUCGCCGCCUAUUAUAACGGCAGAUGGCGGUAGCAGUUCCUUGCGUAGACGCUCUUCGCAGAAACGUAUCUCACGCUUUUUACGGCCCGACUUCUUCGAUGAACCACUAGAUGAGAAUCCCUUUCUACGUGAGAAGAAACAGCGUGAGCGAGAAGCGCAAAAUGUGCUGCGUGAGAUAAGGGAGAAAUCUCGUGAACCGAGCCGAGAACGUUCUAGUUAUAGUGGGUUCGAUACGGAGGAUGCUAUGGCACGCAAGCAUAGCUUACCUAGCUCAGAUGGCUCGAGUAUACCACAAAAUGCGGAGCUUAAACAUGUGCGCAAUAAAAGUAUGGAGAUGUAUGCGGAAUAUCAACCGGGUAGCAGUUCAUCGCAAGAGACUAUAAGACACAAUCGUCGUAGUCUUUCGCGGCCGCGUGAGAUAACUGAAGAGCUACGUAAGAACGAGCUGGCCGAUAAGAUUUUGGAGGAGCUACAAUUACUUUCGGCUGCACGCACACAGCAAGAACAGCAGAAACGACCCGUAGUGCCGAGAGAAAUUUCUGUUGAGCGGUGUUCGGAAACAUCAACGAAGUCCAUUGUUGUGGGGCCGAACAGUCGUGCAGAAAUUGAGGAGCAGGGUACAACGUCUACAAUUAAAAAGAUUAAGAAGAUAAAGCCCAAAGAUAAAUCUACAACCACAGAGUCUAGUACAGAUGCUGAUGCUACGGUUACCACAUCUGUGGUGAAAAAAGUGAAAAAGAUUGUGAAAAAGACUGAAACCACAAAGACUAUACUUAACGAUACACCCGGUGCCAGUCUGGUCACACCAGAAGAUAAUCCACUUACGCCCUUAGACAUUGAGCAGACCAAGAAAGAGUCUAAACUGAAGCGACCUAAAUCCUAUCCUACCAAAGAGCCGCCAAUCGCCAUGAAGCCAGAAGUAGGUGCCAUGACACCAAAGUUGUCUACCAAACCAACUACAAUUCCAGAAAUGUCUACCGAUAUGCCACAUACCAGUAUGGAAGCAGCCAACGUCCAGUCCAUAGGAUUGAGCGCGCGUGAGAGCCGACUUGUGCGGCCCAAGAGCUAUCCAACAUCAAAGCUCACACCACCAAAGGAGUCGAAGAAAGUUACGCGCAGCGGUGCGGCGAUUCCAACCAUAGCCGAAGCCAAAGUACGGGACACAACGCCACCACUCGCGAUUGAGGAGAAGUUCGAGCAUUCGAUGCCAAUCUCUAAAGCGCAUGUGGAAAGUUCGUCUUCGAGCGACACUAAGCCAACUACCAUUAAGAAAAUUAUUAAAGUCUCCAAGAAGUCUAAGCUAGCACAACCACUGCCAGUCACACCCACAACACCGACGUCCGCAAUGACAUCAACAACGACUACGCCGGCUGAAAAUUCGAAAGAAUCAAGCCCCGCAAUAAAAGAGAAAUCACCUGAGAAGAAGCAAAGUAAAGGUUUGCUUUACGCUAUUGGACAGAAAUUCGAAAAACUACGAGAUUCCGCUAUGAGUAAGGAGAAGAAAAGCAUCACGUCUAGUCCCGCAUCCUCAGCAAAUGGCAGUGUAACAAAGAAACGAUCUCCAGAAAAUGCCUCGCCAGAGAAGAUCAAGGAAAAAUCCACGCUGCUUAAGAAGAAGAAAUCGUUGGAUGGCACAACUACAAAGACUGAUAAAUAUGCGGCGCAGGGCAAUGCGAUUGAAAAUAAUGCAUCACACAACCCGCUAACCGUUGAUGGGGGGGAAGUAAAGGAGAAACCAGCUAAGCCGGAUAAACGUUCAAGAAUUGAUUCCAUGAUUCGUUCAUUGCGUGAGCGUUCAGUGCCACGCUCGCGUCCUGCUACUGAAAAUAGUUACAUCAAGCGAGCCGUUAGCGUGGAAGAAAUGCCAGGCACCUUUAAUAAAACUGCCGUUAAUAGGGUGCUAGGGCUCUUUAAGCGCGUUGAUAAGGAUGUGGGCGGCGCGGAACGCCGUGUGCAAAGCACGCGCUCCACCAGUAACAUUGAGCGCCAGAUGCGCGAAGCGUCCCCCUCGCCAAUCUAUCAAAAUACAGCCGAAUGCCAACGUUCUGGUAGCAUUUCAGCAGCGCUCGCUGGCAAUUUGGUAGCCAAUAGUGGUGGUCGGCGGAAGUCAGACAUCACUGCCAAAUGUAGCUGCGAUAUUGCACCGACGCAUAGAGUCAACACUGACGAAAAACAAUGUGUCGAUUGCUUACAAGAUGCGGCAGCAAGUCUGAAGUCUAAAAACCGCGACGAAAAAAUCAUUUUGCUGCCUAGUAAAGAAGUAGCACAGGGCAAUAAGGAUAAACGCAAGGGUCUGAUGUUGGAUCUCAGCAAGCUGGAUAAAACUGAUAAUAACGCCACAACAAAUCGCAACAACUUGAAGGCGGCCUACAUAAACGGCAAUGGCAUUUACUCGAAUCUGCCGCCAUAUCCGGGUGCGGUGAAUAGUUCUUCGAACAACAGCUCCAGCCAGCAAUCGAUGGAUAAUGCCACCAAUAAUAAUAACUCCUAUAUGACCAAUAAUAAUUCAUCAAUGCAAACCUCGCAAACAUCGGGUUAUCGCACAUCGUCUACACACGAGAUUAAUCGAAAUCAUUUACUCACACCUUCGACUGAGAACAUUGCCAAUUACUCUUCCGAUUCGCGCAGUUACCAAGAUGACUGCGCCUCAACGUCAACGUUCCUAUCACCUACUGAAGAACCUGAACUGUACUUCGAUAAUUGGUCGGUUUGCUCGGAGGAUAACUACAUGUUGCACGCCUCACCUUCGCCAACAGUCUCACGUCUUUCACGCGCAUCACAGCUCUCCUCGCCUACGCGUGGUGAGAGUUCGGAUCCGAAUGAAAGCGUUAUUGAUCGCAUCAAGCGUCGUAGCUUCUAUUGUCGCUUUAACGACAAGAAACCGAAGCGCACGAGCAGUAUUGUGGGGCCAAGUGCAGUGCGUGACUAUUAUCGUGAACAACAAGCAGCGGUUAAGGCGCGUUCCAGCAAUAAACUGCAUCCCAAUGAACGCACCAAGUCACCGGACAUCACACAAGAAUUCUUCCGACCCUUGAAGUUAAGUCCCGUCGGCACUGAGUUGAAGCCACCCAUCUACAAGGCGCCACUUGAUUAUGCUACCAAUAUUACCAAACCACGUAAGAGUCUCAACGAUAUACGGCCCAUCACGUCACCGUCGUUGAUGAGCAAACGUUACGGUUCUACGGCGGACACGGAUUAUAUGACGCUUAACAGCGGUGUGCCAAUACGCUACAAAUCCUCAGCCAGCUCAAGUCCUUACGAAAGCAAAACCACUUCAGCCACUAGUGGCAUGGGUUUGGGCACGGGUGCAGGUGUGAGCGCUGCUACAGGUGGCGCAGGUGGCAGUUACUACAACACCUAUAGCCCGAAAAGACGUUCCUCAUAUACAUUCAAUGGCACACUGCCAAGUGGUGCCACACUCACCAAUUCCACUUUGGAUGGUUAUGCGACGGUGGGGCGUCGACCCAUACGCGCCUACGAUCAUCGUACUAUAUCAUUGCUAGAUCCGACGACCUCUUCGCCGUCGACAGCUGGCGCUAGCAGUUAUAGGCGUGAAGCGCGCACACCAGUGAGGGAUUACACAUCGGGCAUUUCGAGGUCGAAUUCUCGCUAUCGUACAUCGUCGGCAUCGCGCAGCCCGACAAACAUUUGAUGUACAACACCGCAGAAUGGUUUCUGUAUCUUCUGCUAUUACUCGAAACGGAAUCGCAGCAGCAGUACGCAUACCGCCUCGUCAUCGGCGUCCUCAAGAGCCAGUGGUGACAAGAAAUUGCAGGAAUGCACAACACGAAUUAGAAAUAAGUUUUAAUUGUACUACGACAAAUAGCUAUUUAUUUAAGAGAAGAAAAAAAAAAAACAUUUAGUUAUCGCACACCUCUGAAGCCGUACGAUUCACACCGUUGCGCUAAGCAUAAAGGCACGCACAAAAAUAGAAGAGGCGCCAAAGCAAAAAACAGAAAAAGUCGAAGAGUGCAGGCGGCUCUCGCGUCAUAGCUGACGUAUGAAAAAGAAAAGAGAAACAGUUGUGACGUCAUCACUGCGGUGCUCAGUGAAUAGUUGAAACAUGAAGGCGGUUAAAUGACUGCAGGUAAACGGAAGAAAACAACAAAAUAAGGCUACUUAAUCACUAGAAAGUGAUUCCUUCAAAGGGUCCUGUUUUGUUGUGUGUUAAUAACUUUUCGAUCAUGCCACCCUGUUAA